AUGCACGCGGAGCAAGACUAUACGACCUUCUACCCCUGCACCGAACUGCCCGUCCGCGGAUACACCACCCUCUGCCUGAACAACGCCCAGAGCAAGACCGGCGAGAUGAACGACCUCGACUUCGAGACCAUGAUGAGCAACGUCGGAACAGGCGUGUCCUAUCUCCGAAAUAGGCCCGAUAUCGAGCAGGUCAUUAUCUGGGGCCACUCAGGCGGCGGCGCCAUGAUGGCAGCAUACCAGGACGUCGCCGAGAACGGAGCCACCGCUUGUAACGGGACAGAGAAGCUCUACCCCUGUUCCAGUGCAAUGGACAACCUGCCCCCGGCCGACGGUGUCCUCCUCAUCGAUGCAAAUUACGGCCUGUCCACAAUGACCCUCCUCUCCAUUAACCCGGCUAUAACAAACGAAUCCACCGGCGCAGAUAUCAACCAGAAUCUGAACAUCUACAGCCCCUCCAACGGCUGGACCGAGAACGGGGGGAACUACACAUCCAUAUUCAAGAAUGAAUUCUGGACUGCCGUCGCCGCACGCUGGAACCGCAUCCAGACACACGCAAUACAGCGUAAUACCCUCAUCAACACCGGAAAGGGCGAGUACACCGACGACGGGGGCCUGGUGAUUCCAGACGCCAAUUAUAUCGGCUUUAAUAAUAAGCUUAUUACCCAGGAUACACGCCUUCUGGCACAUACGACCUAUAAAUGGCCUCUACUGCAUAAGAAUGGGCGGAAUAGCACACAGAUUGUGCCUAGUACUACCAUAGCUAGAUUCCUUUCUACAUUUGCCAUUCGCGUUGGUGCGGCUAAUUUCGGCGUUACCGCGGACAAUAUCACAGGCGUGGACUGGUCCUCGUCACAGACGGCCCCGAUUGCAAGUGUGCAGGGUAUCACGAAGCCAUUACUGACGAUGGGGAAUACGGGACACUACGAGUAUCUGAACGCCGAGAAGAUGUAUCUCUCGGCCAAGUCUGAGGAUAAAUCGAUUGCGUUUGUGGAGGGGGCGCAGCAUACCAUUGAGACUUGUACGGAGUGUGAGAAGUAUCCUGGGGAGUUUGGGGAUACGGUCAAGACGGCGUUUGAUUUUAUGGAUCUGUGGUUGGGGGAGGAAGGGAGGUUUAUUUAG